GCGAGCCCGGGAGGCGAGGAGUGGUUGGAAGUCGGCCCUCACCUCCAGCGGGGCCCGGGCUCCGCGGCGCCCAAGCCCCGCCCCGCCGCCCCUCCCCCACGGCCUCGGCGCGCCGGCCCCUCUCCCCUCUCCCCGUCGGGCGCACCCACCCCAGAUGCCGCCUGGCACCGAGCGCAGCCGCCGCCGCCGCCGCAGCAGCACGUUCCUCUCGCGCUGAUCCCCUCCCGGCCCCGCUCGGCCGGCGCGCCAGCCCUCGGCAGCCUCCGGGCUCGGCCGCUCGGGGAGGCAACUCCUUGGGAGCGUCCUGCUCGGGGUGCCCGCCGCGCGCUGCGGCGUCGGUCUCUCGGCCUGGGCGGAGGAACCGGCGGGGGAGGAGGGCGUCUGGUCCCGGCUGGGAGGUGGAGCAGCGGCCGCCGCCGCCGCCGCCGGAAAGGGAGAGGCAGAAGCGGCCGAGACUUGGAAACCCCGAAGUGCCCGCGACCCUGCACGGCGGGCUCCCUCCCAGCUUCAUGGGCAAAGUGUGGAAACAGCAGAUGUACCCUCAGUACGCCACCUACUACUACCCGCAGUAUCUGCAGGCGAAGCAGUCUCUGGCCCCGGCGCCUCCCAUGGCCCCUCCCAGCCCCAGCACCACCAGCAGUAAUAACCACAGUAGCAGCAGUAGCAACUCUGGAUGGGAUCAGCUCAGCAAAACGAACCUCUAUAUCCGAGGACUGCCCCCCAACACCACAGACCAGGACCUGGUGAAGCUGUGUCAGCCGUAUGGGAAAAUAGUCUCCACAAAGGCAAUUUUGGAUAAGACAACGAACAAAUGCAAAGGUUACGGUUUUGUUGACUUUGACAGUCCUGCAGCAGCUCAGAAAGCUGUGUCUGCCCUGAAGGCUAGUGGGGUUCAAGCUCAAAUGGCAAAGCAACAGGAACAAGAUCCUACCAACCUGUAUAUUUCUAAUUUGCCACUGUCCAUGGAUGAGCAAGAACUUGAGAACAUGCUUAAGCCCUUUGGACAAGUUAUUUCUACGAGGAUACUGCGUGAUUCGAGUGGUACAAGUCGUGGUGUUGGGUUUGCUAGGAUGGAAUCAACAGAAAAGUGUGAAGCUGUCAUCAGUCAUUUUAAUGGAAAAUUCAUUAAGACGCCACCAGGAGUUUCUGCUCCUACAGAACCUUUAUUGUGUAAGUUUGCGGAUGGAGGACAGAAGAAGAGACAGAACCCAAACAAAUACAUCCCUAAUGGAAGACCAUGGCAUAGAGAAGGAGAGGCUGGAAUGACACUUACUUAUGAUCCAGCCACAGCUGCUAUACAGAAUGGAUUUUACCCUUCACCAUACAGUAUUGCUACAAACCGAAUGAUCACUCAAACUUCUAUCACACCCUAUAUUGCAUCUCCUGUGUCUGCCUACCAGGUGCAAAGUCCUUCUUGGAUGCAACCUCAACCAUAUAUCUUACAGCACCCCGGUGCCGUGCUGACUCCCUCCAUGGAGCACACCAUGUCACUACAGCCUGCGUCGAUGAUCAGCCCUCUGGCCCAGCAGAUGAGUCAUCUGUCACUAGGCAGCACCGGAACAUACAUGCCUGCGACGUCAGCUAUGCAAGGAGCCUAUCUGCCUCAGUACACACACGUGCAGACAGCGGCCGUUCCUGUAGAGGAGGCGAGUGGGCAGCAGCAGGUGGCUGUAGAGACGUCUAAUGACCAUUCUCCGUACACCUUUCAACCCAAUAAGUAACUGUGAGAUGUACAGAAGGGUAUCCUUACAUGAAGAAGGGUGUGAAGGCUGAACAAUCAUGGAUUUUUCUGAUCAAUUGUGCUUUAGGAAAUUAUUGACAGUUUUGCACAGGUUCUUGAAAACGUUAUUUAUAAUGAAAUCAACUAAAACUAUUUUUGCUAUAAGUUCUAUAAGGUGCAUAAAACCCUUAAAUUCAUCUAGUAGCUGUUCCCCUGAACAGGUUUAUUUUAGUAAAAAAAAAAAAAAAAUAAAAAGAAAAAAGAAGAGAAAAAACUUAAAUUUUCUGGGUAUGCACAAAGACCACGAAGACUUAUCCAAGUGCAUGACCGGAUUUUUGCGGUUUUGUUCAUUUUGCGUUCAAUUUGUGUUUUUUUCAGCUGUAUGAAAUGGGCUUUCUGAAGUUUAAAUAGUCCGACUUCACCCAUGGUGUCCUGUGCUUGCAGUGCGAGUGUUGCUGUAAUUCAGUGUGGCCGUCGGUGUCUUUUCUUAGCUUUCCGUUUUUCUUUCAACGUAGUGUGAAGUGUCUGAUCUUUUUCUAUGAAUUCCAGUUUGCCUUAACUCUUUCGAUGCUGUAGCUGUUCCAGUAAAAGUUAGUUCAAACUAAUGAUGUAGAAUGCUUUGACCAAAUAAGCUGGUCUAUUUUAUGCCUUGUAAAACAGCAGCAUAGGGCUUUUCAAAGGUAGUCAAUAAAAGUUGCUGAAAUUUUGGCUUUUUUAAAUAUGUAGUAGGUGUUUUUAAUGAUUUUUUCACAUAAUGUGUAAGGUAGUGAAAUGCAAGAAGGGAAAAACGUUUUGUGUGAAACACAUUUUCUGACUGGGGAACUUUUAAUAGGGUAAAUUGUUUGUAAAGGCUGUAUGCCAACAGUUUCCUCUGAUAGUUUGACUGAUUUAGGAUAUCUGCUGUAUGAUGCAAUGUAAAGUCUUUUUUUGCCUUUUUUCAGGAAAAAAAAAAACUAGAUGUUCUAGAAUUAGUGUUCGGUAGCGUCGGGGCUGGGGGUGGGGGGCGGGGGAGGGGAGUCACCGAAUGUUUCGUCCUUCCUUUAUACUAAUGAUAGUGCUUUAGAACGAGAAUUCUGCCUGAGAUCUGGCAAACCGAAAAAUGUUGCUAUUGCAACUAAAUGGCAAAAGCUAAAAGUAAGGAUUUCUCUUCAAACACAAGCUGAGAUACGAACAGAAGCAAAACGAUUGGCUACUAGCUCUCUCUAUUCCAUAAAUUUGAGAAAUAAACAUUACUUGGCACUUUUAAAGGUAACUUCACCAAAGACCGAAGAGCCAGUAACCAGUAGCUCCAACUUGUCUCAGCAUCACAUCUUCUGUGCUCUUUAUUUUUGCCGGACCAGUUUGCGGUUAGAAGAAUGUGCCUUUUUUGUACCUUUGCAUUUAGGUUUUAUAAUUUCAAUUGAUGUAUGGACACACACACACAAACAAACAAGCAUGAAGGAAGAUUUGGAUCCAAGCAGUGCCACACUUUACGUCAUCACUACAAGUGUUAAGUGUAAAGAAAAACCAAUUUUGAAACUAUGAAAUUCCUGAUUCAUAAAUACACAGUUAUUUCUACUUUAGGACAUAACGAUGAUUCACUGUUAUUAAAGCUCUUUUAUUAAGACAGUUGCAUAUGUUUGAAAAGCAAUGGUAAAUUAAGUUGUCUUCCAAAACUGUGUACUUGUCUGGUCCACUGUGUGUGAUCAGUUAUCUACCUCAGAGUCUAUUUUCUUUUGUGCCGGGACAGGUUGCUGGCCCUCCCUGUUUCCACAGACCAAAUCCUCCUAGCUCAGGAGCUAGGGCUAAGCAGUUAUUUCUUUCGAGUAUUUUUUAGUUCUUAAAUUUUAUGCUUGUAUUUGAUUAUAGAUGUCAGUGACAUUUCAUAGUUUCAAAAGUCCUUGCUGCUCUGAGAAGUGUAGAUUCUAGUGAAAAUUACAUAGUCAUACAAGAAAUGUGUUUUUGUUUUUGUUUCUGUUUCCUUUUUUAAAGUUGUGGUAUUAUUGGUUCUAUGCUCCCUGGAAUAUUACUGCUUUGUGAAAGUCCAGACUGAACGCAGCCCCCUCCUUGUACUUAGUACAUUUAUAAACCUGGAUCUCUCACUACUUGAUAUUUUUGCAUUAGUUAAGACAGCAAUUUGAUAGCUCAGUUAGAGGGGAGGGGAAUUCUGCUGCUAGAAAUGUCUGAACUAAGUGCCAUACUCGUCUGGGUAAGAUUUGGGAAACAUAACCUCUGUACAUAAAAAAGAAAAAAAAAAUCAGUUAAACAUCACAUAGUAGACAGCCAUUAAAUUAUAAAAAAAAUUAAUUUAUGAAGAAAGACCUUUUGUACAGAUUGAAAAAAAAAGAUUUUCAUAGAGAUAUCUAUAUGAUCAAGAGAGUUAAUUUUUUAUUUUUGUUUUACUAGUGCCACAAACUUGCCAGUGGUAACUUAUUUGUCCGGUUCAAGGUAACUCUGUAGUUUUCUUUCCUAGGACUUGUUGUUAAACGCCAAAAGACAUUUUUGAACUGUACAUUUGAUCAGAUUGUUAGCUUUUUCUGUUUUAUUUCUUUUGAGAAACUUUGAAUAAAAAACAUCUGAAAUUUUG